AUGUUGCAAUGCAUUAAUAAUCUUGAAGGCGAAAAAAAAAACGUGUUGAAUGUAACUUCGGAGAGCAGAGAAUAUCAGCUGUUGAUAGGAGGAGGCGAGCCUGUGAGGAACGCCGAAGUGAGCGGCGGCGGCGGUGGCUACGCCGACGAUCACGCCACCACCGAUCGUGGUGUGGAGCGAUCGCGGACCGCUCUGACCUCUUGUAGAGCAAACAGUGGAUGGAUAGCCUGGAUGCAAGGCGAAAUGAAUGCUCCGAAAAUAGCCGUGGCGAGAUUUCGGGCAACUAUUCUGGGAUACGGAGUGCUGGAGAGAAAAGAAAGCGCUAGCAACCCAUCCAAAUAA